AUGAGCGACACCGAGGGCUCGGCGCCCAGGCGAGCAAACCUAGCCGACGAAAAUGAUGAGAGGGAAAACCUCGAAGAACAAAACGCGGACGCCGAUCGUGCCAUCCGGAACUUUGCCAUGCUCACCGACUCCGAUGAAGCCUACGCGCACAUGAUCCUGCAGGACGUCAACUGGAGCGUUGAAGCGGCCCUCGAAGUCCACUUUUCCCGGCAAAAAAUAGAAGAACCAAUGCAAGAAGUGGCCGAAGUCGAAAUCUCCCUCGUCACUUGGAACAUCGAUGGGCUCGACCUCAGCAGUCUCCGUACUCGAAUGAAGGCCGUCUAUUGCGUGCUCAAGCGGAUCAAUCCCGAUUUCAUCUUCCUCCAGGAAGUCACCGAGCGGGAAAUCGAGAUUCUCGAGAAGCUUGGCAGCAUGUACAACAUCUACUACUCGAAUCGGUCUUCCCUGUACUUUACUGCUAUCCUUGUGAGCAAGAUGUUUGAUGUCGUGAGCCACGAAGUGCACAUGUUUGACAAUUCAGGGAUGGGCCGCUCCUUGCAAACCUUGGAAGGACGCGUCGGACCCCACAAAAUCUUCUUGCUCAACACUCAUUUAGAAAGCAUGGGCGAGCACAGCGACAAACGAAAGGAACAACUCGCCUUUUCUUUGAACAAAAUGGCGACCAUCAUCCGCAACAACCCGGACGCAUCCGUCUUCUUUGGCGGUGAUCUAAAUGCCCGCGACGCGGAGGUCCCAGCAUUGCCGCAAGGAGUCGGAGAUGUCUGGCUGGCCGCCGGCGCGCCGAAGAAAGAACAAUAUACCUGGGACACGCAGCUGAAUGACAACAAAAGUAGUGGACGUUUUGCUGCCCGUUGCCGUUUCGAUAGGGUGUUUUGGUAUGGCCCGCUGCGCAAUGUCACAUUCUGUCUGGAGGGUAAGCAACGCAUCCGGACCACCAUGUGCUUCCCGAGUGACCAUUGGGCGUUGCACUGCACCUUCAAA